UUAUUUUAUUUAAAUCUAUAAAUUUACUUUUAUUUAUUAUCGGGGCACAUGUCCCCGUCAGAAUUAACGGUACUGCGUCUCGUCCUUGACGUCGCGGUACUCGCACGCGGUGAUGCGCAAGACCAAAACAACCGCGAAUCCUUAUUAUAGGAUAGUGUAAUGUUUGGGUCAGUGAACCUUUCCUUAUUCGGUCGACGAUUGUAAGCACGUAUACAUACACGUAGUGUAGUGCUGUGAGGUUGCGACCAUUGCACAAUCUAUUGGACAUUUGCUAGAAAUUUAUCAAGAAAUGGAGAGAUCAUGGACUAUAGUAAGGUUUAUAGAUGAAGAUACAGUUGAAGCUGUCCCAUCUACCUGGAUUAUCAAUAAAAAAUGUUAUUGGCCACCGUUUCACAUGGAAAAAAUUGUAGCGGCUAUCAAAAAACAUGCCGAACCAAAUACAUGUUGGCCUUCAUAUAAUGUUAUGACUUUCAGAAACAGCAGUUAUGAUAACUAUAAAACAGCCAGGGAAAAAGCCAAAAAGGCUGAAUUAACAUCUGAAUUAAACUCCGAGACUGAUAAUGAUAACAUUUCGAAAAGAAAAAUUAUCCCAAAGAAAUUCUUUUCGUCAUCAGAUGAAUCUACCGAAGAGUGCACUAAAUUACGGACGCCUCCAAUUAUGAACACACAAAAAUCAUUGAAAAGUACAAAUUACGAAAAUGCGAAGAGCAACAAAUGUCAAUCAGAUCAGUGGAUCAAUCAUCCAAUGAAGUUCCGAAUAAACGGACGACAGAAGCACUUACAAGAUGGAUUUUUGAAUAUUUCAAAUAUUUUGCAGGACAAUGAGCACAACAUACAAAUAAUAAGACAGAAGAUGUUGUCGACAAUAAAAUUGAUAGGUUGUGUCUGUGCUAUCAGUAAAUAA